CAAAUCACAAUACUAUCAAUUAAUAGCCUCUUCAUCACAAUGCUUCCAAAGUUGUUCUUCGUCAUUUCUACACUAAUUUCCUCCUUCAUUUUCACUACUCAUUCUUAUAAUACCCAAUGUCUUCACCAUCAGAAAAUCUUGUUGCUUCAACUCAAGGAUGAGUUGAGUUUCGAAUCUCCUCUUUCAACAAAAUUGGUGCGAUGGAAUGAAACGGAUGAGUGCUGCAAGUGGCCCGGUGUGGAAUGUGAUGCUGCUGGCUACGUCGUUAGUUUGCAGCUCGAUCGUGAGUCCAUUUCUGGUGGAAUCGAGGAUUCAUCGAGUCUCUUCAAACUUGUGCAUCUGCAGAAGCUAAAUCUAGCCUACAAUUAUUUCUACACUCCCAUUCCAAGAGGUAUUCACAAUCUCACCUAUUUGACACACUUGAAUUUGUCAGCUGUUGGAUUUGCUGGGCAGGUUCCACCUGAAAUUUCUUCCUUGAGGAGGUUGGUUAGUCUCGAUAUGUCCUAUGAUUCUACAAAUUCUGUGAAACUGGAGAUGCUUAUCCAAAAUUUAACAGGGCUUCGAGAGCUCUAUCUUGAUGGUGUCAAUGUUACUUCCUCUCAAGAGAGGAGAAAAUGGAGCCACAUUAUAUCAUCAUAUUUACCCAACCUCACCACCUUGAGCUGCCGUGAAUGUGGUUUGUCUGGGCCUUUAGCUAAGUCCUUUGGGCAACUCCAUUCCCUUUCCAUCCUUCAACUAGAUUUUAACCAUCUUGGAUCAGAACUUCCAGACUUGUUUGCCAAUUUUCCAAGUUUGACCACCUUGACUCUUGCUAACUGCGGUUUGAAGGGUUCGAUUCCAUCCACCUUUGCUAACCUAACCAACCUGAUUCGUCUCGAUUUGUCAGGUAAUUCAUUCACAGGCUCACUUUCUUCUACUGAGUUUGAAGGUCUUUCCCAUCUUGUUUAUUUAGAUUUGAGGAGUAAUUCAUUCUCUGGUAAUAUUCCCCACUCUCUCUUUGCUCUCCCUUCAUUGUUGGAACUUUAUCUUAGCUACAAUCAAUUUAGUGGCACUUUCCAACUGGACAACUUUCGAAGUCUUUCCAAUCUUACACGACUUGGUCUAUCUUACAAUAGAUUGUCGGUAUAUGUUGGCAACGUCAAUUCAACUUCAUAUGGAAGUCUCCAACUAAAAGGGUUAGGACUAGGUUCAUGUAACUUGUCCCAUUUUCCUAAUUUCAUCAAAAAUUUAGAUAUGGAAAAAUUGGUACUCUCGGACAAUCGGAUUGGUGGGGAGAUACCUAAUUGGAUUUGGGGAACACAGCUUCAGUAUUUGAACCUCUCUUUCAAUCUUCUAACACAUCUGCAAAAGCCUUACCAUAUCCCUACUUCUCUUGAACGGCUAUACUUGCAUUCUAACCAGCUCAAGGGUGAGUUGCACCUGCCCAUUCCACCUUCGUCUCAACUCUCGUCCAUAUCUCUUGCUAAUAACAGUUUAAAUGGAUCCAUUCCAACCUCCCUUUGCACUGCCACACAACUCUCUUUGCUUGACUUGUCUGGCAAUAUAUUAAGUGGCGGCAUACCCCCUUGCCUAAUUGAGCUAAACAUUGGAGUGAUCAAUUUGGGGCGAAACAACAUCAACAGUAGCAUUCCAGAUAAUUUUCCUCAGGAUUGUCAACUUGGAUAUUUGGAUCUUAACAAUAAUACUUUAGAAGGGAAGAUCCCAAAGUCCCUUGAAAGAUGUUUUGGGUUGCAGUUAAUGAAUGUUGGGAACAACAACAUCAACGACACUUUCCCAUGCAUGCUAUCAUCCAAGUUGCGAUUGCGUGGUCUUGUUUUGAGCUCCAACAAAUUCCAUGGAGAAGUCACAUGUCAGACGAGUUGGCCAGAACUUCAAAUUGUGGAUAUAUCUUCAAAUAAUUUCAGUGGAUCUCUGGAAUCAAUAAACUUCUCUAGUUGGAGUUCAAUGGUGUCAGGUUAUCGUGAACAAUUCGACGAAGUCACUUACUUCGAAUUGUUGAGCUCUGUCAUAACAUUAACCAUUAAAGGGGUAACCCGUCAGCUUGAUAAGAUUUGGGCAGACUCUGGCAUCAUUGAUUUCUCUUGCAAUAAUUUUGAAGGAGAGAUACCAAAUGCAAUUGGUGAUCUUACCUCACUUCAUCAGCUCAACCUCUCCCACAAUGCCCUCAAUGGAAGCAUCCCAAACUCAUUUGGUAAGUUGAGGAAUCUCGAAUCACUCGACCUCUCUGGAAACCGACUCACCGGGCCAAUACCGGUGGAGCUUGGAGGGCUCUCAUUCCUUUCAGUCUUGAAUCUCUCCUACAAUAAGCUGGUCGGGAUGAUUCCAAAUAGCCGUCAGUUUCAAACAUUUUCAGCUGAUUCCUUCAAAGGGAAUCCGGGGUUGUGUGGUUUCAAUCUCAACAUAAGCUGCAGUCCUACUGAUGGCAGCGAUCAUUUGUGGCCACAAGAAGAUGAAAAUGGGGAAGAGAAGAGGGAGAUCGAGUGGGAAUACGUAUCUGCUGCGCUUGGAUAUGUUGUGGGCUUAGGAAUCAUUGUGUGGCUACUUUUGUUCUGCCGAAGCUUCAGAGGAAAAUACUUUGGAAAAGUGGAAGAGGUGUUUGAAGAUAUAUGCGAUGCUAGAAUCAGAAGAAGGAGAAGAAGAAGACAUGCAAGAAGAGUAGCACUGAGGAAUCAAGUGAGAAGACAAUAGUGUUGGCAUUAAUUGCUAUUUGGUUUCUUUAAUUUUGCUUGUAUGUGUUUUUGUCUAAAAAAACAGUUGAAGAAGAUGUUUAGGACCGCGUGAUUUAUUCAAGUUUUUAGGUUUUUUGCAUAUCAUUUUGAUGAUACAAUUUUUAUAAUCACGUGUA